AUGACUCCAAAAGCGAUGAGCUAUAAAGGAAAGAUUACUGAUAAUUUGGAAGAAAAUGUGGAACACAAAACCCAAGCCCACAGAAAGGAAUCAGAAGAAAUCCAAACAGCUUUUCAGAAUAAUGCAGCAGUAAGCAGACAGCUUGAUUCCAAAGCAUGGCUCAGUCUAUUUGGCUUGAAAAAGAAUAAUAUCGACAAGCUAUCCGUAUUACAGAAUAUUGGAUUUCUGAUGAAGGAAGAUUAUGAUCGCUGUUUAGGGAAGUAUGUUAAAUCCUCCUAUGGAGACGGCUUAUUUGUGAGAAUAAGAAACGAUAGGACUGGGGAUGUGUAUAACGUUACGGCUAGAAGAAGUUAUAUAAAGCAGCUAAAGAUAAGAAUUAUGCAAGCUGUCGAUUUAUAUAAAAGUCGUCUUACUUGGUUGACAUCAGGAUGCAGAUCCGUUUUCGGUGUAUUACAGGAACAUUCAGCAGUUUUUCUCAUAGAUAUUAAAACGCAAUCCACUGAAAUAUUCUCGAAUUUCAUUAAAUCUUUCAAGCAUCUUAUUACCGGCCAGAUCGCAAAUAUGAAAAUGUUCAAUGUGAUUAGAUGUCAGGAUAAACCUUUUUCGUUUUCAGAUAAAUUAGUUAUUGUUGACGACUGUUCGUUAAGAAACUUGCUAGAAUGGGCCAGCAGAAUAGAGCGGCUGACGGCUUUUAGUGUGAACUGUACUGCCGAAUGCCUAUCUAGGAUAAAUAAAUUCAAAAUGAAUUUUGAGGCAAUAUAUCUUAUUACUGAAGGCGAAUCUUCUAUGACAGCACCAGGGUUACUUGAAAGUGUUGUUAAAAAUUUGAAAUGCCCUCUUCAUAUUGUUUCUUAUCGUUGUGAAAGUAUGAAAACAAUAGAAUAUUUGCAUAACUUGUGCACAUAUACUGGAGGACGAUUUCAUGCUUAUUGUGUCAACAUGCAUAUUCCAUUAUAUUCACCAAGUUGUUGGGAUGCAGAACAGUUUCAACAAUCACUUCAGGUGAAUACAAUUGAAUACGGUGGUCCCCCCAAAGGAUGGGGUCAACAAGAAGAUUGUAUAUUGAUAUUUGAAGAGUUAGAAGAAGCUCGAUCUAUAUUACAACGAAUUGAACAAGUGCUGCGUGAUUUUGAGUCUACACCAAAUUCCAUAAUUCAAGAAAACAAUAAUUUCAAUUCAAAAAAUAGUCACACAUCUACUACGCAUAAUUAUGAUGAACAUAGCUGGAAACGUGAAGAGCAUAUGUCAUCAAAGGAAUGGUUAACUAUUCAUGGUUUAAAAGCUCAACACUUAGAUUUCUAUGAUUUACUAGCCAAUAUUUCAUUUAAACACUGUGAUGGUGUAGUAAAUGUUUUAAAACCUCCAAUAGAAUAUGAUAAGAGCAAAAAGGUAUUUAUCAAUACAAGAUCAGAGGAUGAUGAUAUAAACAGAACAGAUGAAGAUUUCGGGAUAGGCAGUCAGCCAGAAACGGAUAUUAAAAAUUCAUCAGCAAUUUGGACAUCUGACGCAAUUGUCCAACCCAGGCUAAUCAAUGCACAAUAUUGUAGUAAUUUUGUACAUGUUCGCGCAAAAGAUGGUACUAUAGUACAUGUACAAGUUACACAAGAGCUCUAUAGAUCAUAUUCACGACGUAUGCAAUCUAGACUAAAUGCUAUAAGGCAUCGUUUGAAUUUUUUAAGACAAGGAUCAAGGGAACUAUUUGGAACAAUAACAGAAGAUGAUGUGUAUAUCUUAAUUGAUACUAGUACAUCAAUGUUGUCAUGUAUCGAAUUUGUCAAGGAAAAGUUACUUCAGUUAAUAUAUGAACAGUUGAAGUAUAAAAACCGUUUGAAUUUAAUAGCUUUUAACUCAAUUAUCAAUGCAUGGAGUAGUCAUUUGCAAAGCACUACAGAAGCCAAUUUAAAAUCUGCUAUGAAAUGGAUUGAAAAGUUAACUUGUGGUGGUUCUACAAAUACACUGAAAGCUCUUCAGUUUGCUUUAGAAGAUAAUUUAACACAAGGAAUUUAUUUACUCACUGAUGGUAGACCUGAUCAAGAACCACAAAAAAUAUUACUCAGUAUGCAUUUAAAUCAUCGUAUUCCAAUACAUACCAUAAGUUUCAAUUGUAAUGAUACUGAGGCGAAUGAAUUCCUUAUUCAAUUAGCUCAAGAAAGUGGUGGACGAUUUCAUUACUAUAACAGAUUUCCAAGUGAUUUAAAUAGACCAGAACAAUGGGAGAGUGAAGAUAUUCGACUAUUAGAAAAUGAAUAUCAACUUGGUUUGGAUAAUUUGGAGAAAUUAGCCCAAUUGAGAGACGAAUGUCAUUUAUUACGUAUGAAAUCAACUAGGAAUAACAACAAAGAACUAACACCACUGAGGAAGAAAUCAUCUUCAAAAUGCUUUUCUUACACUUCAAACACAGACACAACAAAUUCAAUAAAGGAUUCAAUAUCUUCUGUUAAACCAAAACAAUCCAGGCGGAAAUUGUGCACAGCUACUCCGUCUACUCAUUUUAGCAAUAGUAGUAGCCGAAGGAAGGAAGCAAACUUUCCAAAGUGUUUAAGUGCGACAAUUGAUACUACUAAUGAAAGACGUUCACAAAACUUUACAACUAGAAAGCAGUCUAUAAGAAAAAUUUUCAGUGAUUCAUGCUAUCCGAAUCUAUAUAAUUUAUCCGCAAAGUCACGAGAUGACGAUGAUUUCUUACUGUAUGAAACUAAACAACUAUUGGACCGACAAACACAACGGUACAAUGAAGCCAUACGAGAGGAAAUAUUAAUCAAUGAAAGGCAAGAGGAAGAAGCUAAUUUAAACGAACCAUCAAGAAGGGUUUACACAAUCUCAGAAUGGUUAUCUCAGCAUAGUUUAGCAAACGAAAAGGUUCGAUUCAAUGAUCUUUUGAAGUCAUUCACUGUUCGCCUACGUCCUAAGUAUAUACCAGCAUUAGGUCAUCAUGUUGUCUCAGAGGUAUUAAAACAAACACUGCCUGUUGCAUAUGUAAGUAUGUCAAAGUCCUCAAAAUCUCCAGAAAUUUGUUUAAUGAAUCCACUGGCUAUUAAUGUUGGACAAUACGAAAAGAAGUUAACCAGUGUACUAUUCACAAUUGAAAAAAAAUUAAUUGAAAUAGUUUUUCAAUAUCUGGACAAUGAAUCUUUAGCUCAAUUACGCAAAGAUGUACAUCUUGAUAUAUAUAAAAAAUGGCGCUCAAAACUCUGUUGGUAUCAAGAUCAUUCAUGUAUAGUGAAUACAUUUGAAGCAGCUAAUUGGCCAUUCCCUCAUGAUGAAUUUGUAUUACUUACGAAGGAACUUGACUUGGGACAGAAAUAUUUUAAUCAAGCAAGAAAGUUGAAAAGUAAACAAAAAUGUAAUAAUUCCUACAAAAUACAUGUAAAAAACAGUGAUUCACCACCACCUAGUCAUGCACCGUGUGGCCAUGCAUAUCGAUUACAUCACUGA